AUGACCCCACUGUUCCCAGAGGAUGCUGGGUCUGUUUCUGCUGCAGGAGUUCUUCUCCAGGGUGCACAACCUCCAAUAAACUACACCAGAGAUCCUGAUCCUGGAUGGAGAGCAGGCAGGCCUGCGUGUCUGAAGGAGCUGUGUCCGGUGUGUGGAGAUAAGGUCUCGGGUUACCACUAUGGGCUGCUCACCUGUGAGAGCUGCAAGGGCUUCUUCAAACGAACGGUGCAGAACAACAAGCAGUACGUGUGUGCAGAGAAGCAGGAGUGCACCGUGGACCGAGGCCAGAGGAAGCGCUGUCCGUCCUGCAGGUUCCACAAGUGUCUCCAUGUGGGCAUGAGACUGGAAGCUGUUCGUGCAGACCGGAAGCGAGGAGGCAGGAACAAGUUUGGCCCCAUGUACAAACGAGAUCGGGCCCUCAAGCAGCAGAGGGAGGCUCUGAUUCAUCACGGUGGAUUCAGACUGGACAGUGGGCCUCCUCUGGGCCCCUCCACCCACCACAUGCACUUGACCUUUACCAAUGGCUUCCACCCGCUCCCCAUGGCCCAGCCUCCUCCCCUGUGUUCACUCCUGCCUUUCCCCCCCCUGGCUGGCCCCCAGUACCAGUGCAGCUCCCUCUCAAACUGGACCGUCAAGUCCCAGCACUCCAACGACGGCUCUGCUGCCAGGAUCCACUCCUUCUCCCCACAAGCUCCUAGGAUGCCUCAGCUGGUGAUGGAGUUCCUGCACUGUGAACCUGAUGAGCUGCAGCUGCAGAGUAAGAUCGCUGCUCGGAUCCUGCAGGAGGAGCCCGGGGCCCCCAGCACCUUCAGCCUGAUGUGUGUCAUGGCCGACCAGACGCUCUUCUCCAUUGUGGAGUGGGCUCGCACAUCAGUCUUCUUCAAACAACUGAAGGUGGAUGACCAGAUGAAGCUGCUGCACAGCUGCUGGAGCGAGCUGCUGCUGCUGGACACCGUGUGCAGAAACGUCCUGCAGGGCCGAGAGGGCAGCCUGCUGCUGGUCACUGGACAGGAGGUGGAGCUGUCCUACGUAGCCUCUCAUGCCGGUCUCACUUUGGCCGGUCUGGUGCAGAGGGGACAGGAGCUGGUGGAGAAGCUCCUCAUCCUGAAGGUGGACCGUCAAGAGAUUGCCUGCAUCAAGUUCCUCGUCCUCUUCAACCCAGAUGUGAAGCAGCUGGAGGACCAUCAGUUCGUUGAGAGCGUGCACGAGCAGGCUGAAGCUGCCCUGCUGGAGUACACACUGUGCACCUCAGCUCACCUGCUGGGACGCUUUGCUCACCUGCUGCUCUGUCUGUCGGAGAUCCGCUCGCUCAGCACGCAUGCCGAGGACUACCUGUACUGCAAACACCUGAGUGGGGGGGUGCCCUGCAACAACCUGCUCAUUGAGAUGCUGCAUGCCAAGCGCAGCUGUGCAUGA